CAAAAUUAAAUUUCUGAAGCUCUCUUUCAUCUUCGUCGACUGCAAGUUCUUCAAACUCUUCGAGCUCGCCGCAAUUCACGCCGGCGCGUAUCCCGUUCGGACACACACCCCUCAAUUCGCAUUGUAACAGACCACGGCCAUUGAACAAGAUCUUCCUCAAGUAGGAAAUAGUGCUGACUCUAGUUCAAAAUCAAUGAUACCUCCUACUUCGUCACUCCCAUCAAAUACUGGUACAUUUUCAUCUGGGGUAGCAGGCCAGGACAUGGCCCAUCCAGGCCCUCCAUUUUUUGUUCCUGAAGGAAAUUCAUCACAUGCUGGAAAUUAUACUUUCAAUGGAAAUGUGCUACCAAAGCAGACUGAUCAAUCACAAACAACCAAUGCAAGAGCUAUUGGUACUGCAGAAACGGGAGCAACUACUUCUGCAUCAGUAGUUAUACAGUCUGCUUCUCAGCCUAUCCCUAAUGCCAGUCCUGCAGCACAUUUUGCACCCAACAGUUUUAGCAAUAUGAAUUCAUGGAUGCCUGCCCCAGCCACAUUUCAAGUGCCCACAAGGAUGGCUAAAGCUCCUGCUACCCCUGGCCCCCCUGGAAUGGCUUCUAACAUACUUUCUCCCUCAAGUUCAACCAUUCAUGCUUCGUCUCAGGAUUCCAUUGGAUUAAGACCGUUCAUGCCUGGUGCUCCUGCUCUCCCCAACCCUCCCCUUCAGCAUAAUGCAGCUGCUAUCUACCCAUCUGCUCCUCCUCAGGCUGGUCCUCCUGGACCAUGGCUGUCUCAUCAGCACAUCGGUGGCUUUGCUAGACCAUCUUUUUCACCUUAUGGUGCUGCUGUUCCUGGGCCUUAUCCAAUGCCGAUGCGUAGCAUGCCCCCACUAUCUGUUUCAUAUUCUGAUAUCCAACCUCCUGGAGUUUCACCUGCAGUAUCUGCAAUGGGGGCUCCUGCAGCCUCCUUUUCUGCUGGUAACCAGUCAUCCCAUGGUUCUGGACAGGCAGAGUUACCCCCUGGAAUUGAAACUAAUGAUGAAACUCCUAGCAACGAAAAACUGGAUGCCUGGACAGCCCACAGGACAGAGUCUGGAAUUGUGUACUAUUAUAAUGCAUUGACGAGGGAGUCUACAUAUGAGAAACCUUCAGGUUUUAAAGGAGAGUCGGAUAGAGCAACUUCCCAGCCAACUCCUGUUUCAUGGGAGAAAUUAUCUGGUACUGAUUGGACACUUGUCACCACUAAUGAUGGGAAAAAAUAUUACUACAACACCAUACAAAAGGUAAGUAGCUGGCAAAUACCUAGUGAGAUAACUGAGUUGAGAAAGAAGCAUGAUGCUGAUGCUUUGCAAGUUUCAUCAGUGUCAGUUACCAAUACUAAUAUUAUAACUGAAAAAGGAUCUGAUCUUGUUAGCUUAAGCACACCUGCUGCUAACACAGGCGGUCGUGAUGCCAUAGCAGUUAGAUCUUCAGGUGCAUCUGCCUCAUCUUCUGCACUGGAUCUCAUAAAAAAGAAGUUGCAAGAUUCUGGAAUUCCCGAUUCUAGUUCCUCCCCAUCUGUGUCUGGUUCAGUUGCAGUAGAACUUAAUGGCUCAAAACCAAUGGAGGAUGGUGACAUAUCCAAUUCUUCUUCCGAUUCUGAGGAUGAAGAUGGAUGCCCCACCAUGGAGGACUGUCUCCUCCAGUUCAAGGAGAUGCUUAAGGAAAGGGGAGUGGCACCAUUCUCAAAAUGGGAGAAAGAACUUCCUAAAAUAGUUUUUGAUCCACGCUUUAAGGCCAUUCCAGACCAAAGUGCACGAAGAGCUCUCUUUGAGCACUAUGUUCGAACUCGUGCUGAAGAGGAACGAAAGGAAAAACGAGCUGCUCAGAAGGCUGCUUUGGAGGGUUUCAAGCAGUUACUGGAAGAAGCAAAGGAGGACAUUGAUCAGAAUACUGAUUAUCAAACAUUUAAGAGGAGAUGGGGUGAAGAUCCUCGAUUUCUGGCCUUGGACAUGAGAGAGAGGGAACAUUUGUUAAAUGAAAGGGUGUUACUUCUGAAAAGGAGUGCUCAAGAAAAAGCUCAAGCACAGCGUGCUGUAACGACAUCUAAUUUCAAGUCACUGCUUAAGGAUAGAGAAGACAUUACAUCUACUUCCAGGUGGUCAAAGGUGAAGGAUAGCUUAAGAAGUGAUCCCAGAUACAAGUCAGUCAAGCAUGAAGACAGGGAGAAGUUAUUCAAUGAAUACGUAGCAGAACUAAAGGCUGCUGUAGAAGAGACUGCUCAGAAGGCAAAGGCAAAACAAGAUGAGGAGGAUAAACUAAAGGAGAGAGAGAGAGCUUUGAGAAAACGAAAAGAAAGAGAAGAGCAAGAAGUUGAGAGAGUGAGGCAGAAAGCUCGCAGGAAGGAAGCUGUUGAAUCAUAUCAAGCUCUAUUGGUGGAAACAAUCAAAGAUCCUCAGGCAUCUUGGUCAGAAUCAAAGCUGAAGUUGGAGAAGGAUCCUCAAGGACGUGCUGCCCAUCCACAUCUCGAUAAAUCUGAUUUAGAGAAACUUUUCCGUGAACACAUUAAGUCCUUGCAUGAGCGGUGUGCACAGGACUUCAGGGCUCUGUUGGUAGACGUCAUAACUUCAGAAGGUGCAUCUCAAGAAACAGAAGAUGGUAAAACCAUUUUAAAAUCUUGGUCGACAGCAAAACUACUCUUGAAGACUGAUCCGAGAUAUAACAAAAUGCCGAGGAAAGAAAGAGAAGCCUUGUGGCGACGACAUGCUGAUGAGAUCCUGCGGAAGCAAAAGAAAGAUCAAGAUCAAGGAGACAAACCUGCUGAUGGAAAAAGUAAAGCUAGCAUGGAUUCCGGGAAGCAUCCGUGGAGAACCAAUGACAGAAGAUAGCCGCUUCUCAUGUUCGCUCAACUUUUAGCGCGAAGCAUCCCCCAUCGUUCCGUUUACAUGUGACAUUUUUUGUCAAUUUAAACCUUGAAUUAUAUGUAGCUGACAUAGUUUGUGCUACAGCACCUUGUCGAAGUAAAGGAGUAUCUGGAAAUGUGGUGUGGCAGUGUAAGAAUUUCGAACUUAGAAUUUUGUAAUGUGAAAUUUUUGGUUAUCUA